AUGAAAAAAUCUACGGGGGAAGAACGUGCGAGAAAAGAAGAUGGCACGAGCAAUGCUGGUCAAAACGGGAAAAAGAAGAAUAUACAGAACGGCGGCGCCGAUUCGAACGGAAGAUAUCCGCCAAAAAACGGAAAGAAACGCAAAAAUGAUCCCGUUGAAGUAGUUGAGGUUCCUAUAGGAGAACCAAAGUCGAACGGGAAGAAAGUGGAAGUUAAAAAGAAUGUUAACAAGAAGAAAAACGAGAAGGUUAGCGGAAAACCAACAAAUUCGGCAAAUCCGUCGCAACAACAGAAACCCGCAAAUAAAUCUGCUUAUUCACAUAAUCGGUCAAAAGAAGGGAAGAAGCCAACGGAUAAUGAGUAUACAAAUGGAGUACGGAAUCAGUCGAAUUACCAGGAAUCGAAUUCCUCAAUGAUGAACGUGUCGCAGCAUGUUCAAGAAAAAAUGGCAGUUGCCGCCGAACAACAGAGAACAACUUAUUACUUUUCGAAAAAUAAGGGAGUUGCGGUAUCUCCGGAAGAAUUCAAAAAUAACAUUCAACACACGUUCAGUGCGUUUCCUGUUGAUCAGAACGAACAGAUUCUUAUUGCUUCCAAAUACAGUCUUAUGAUAUCAACGGCAAGCACGAAAUGCAAAGCGUUGUUCAUUCGAGUGAAAUCACAAGAUCAUUCGAAUAAUCUUGUCGUAAAUGCAUUGAUUUCAAUCCAAUCGACACGAGAAGAGAUUUUCAAGGCAUGUCAAGAAUGCAUCAGAACUUUUGAUCAAUAUCCAAAUACACGGAAAAGUGCGCGGAUACCAUUUAGCAUAAUUUCUGAAAAAUAUCUAAACAGUGUUUAUAUCAGCCGACUUAACGAGCCUUCUGAUAAUUUCCCGGAAGCGAUUUACUAUUGCAAUCGCUGCGAUUUCCAUAUUAAUUCCAUUAAUCAUGCCAAGGAUCAUUUGGAAAAAAGCUCACAUUUUGACGAUAUCGAGCGUCAACAAUUACGUGAUGAAUUGUUCGAAUGCAUUCCGAAGCCGACAGCAGCUCAUUUGAAAGCGAUUGGAAUCUUAUUGAAUUUUCAACACGAGAAAGUGCGCCAAAAUCCGUGUAUCACAUCCUCUUUUGUUGAUGAUGUCGUGAAUUUCAUUCAAUAUGAGCUUUUCAACGAGCUCAGCUUAAAAGUCGAAUUGAAGCCAUUCGGAUCAACUAUUUAUAACGCAGAUAUCAAUGAUAGCGAUCUGAAUCUGGCAUUUUCGGUGAAAAAUUUUGCGAAUGAGAAAUUGUUCGAGUUACUGAACAACGUCGUUCACUUUCUGCAAAAUUCAAAAAAAAUGGUUGCUUCUAUCGAAUCUGACGGUUUGAAUUCGUCGAGAAUUGUGUUCAAAUACAAGAAUGUCGAUGUUCGAUUGUAUUCGUUGACAUCUUCGCGAUCGCAGAUUCUUCUCUCGGAACUUAUGAAGACAUACACAUCAUUGCGCCCGGAAGUCGCCGUGUUUUUAAAAUUAGUCCGAUUGUGGGCUAAGAUGGCAAAUAUUGACUCAAAGAAUAAGUACAAGAGUGGCCUUCCGCGCUACGGAUUCGACCUGAUGGCAAUUCAUUUCCUUCAACAAUCAGAAAUGCUCCCUGUCUUACAUGAAAUGGUUGAAGAGAAUGAGAAGGAAGUACCGAAUGAAGAAAAUCAGUCAAGAGGUGUUUAUUCUGUUCCCGAAGAAGCUCGUGAGAGGCGAAUUCGAAUAAUGUCGAAUUAUCUCAAAGAUCGCAAAAAAAUUGCUGAACGGUUUGAUAUGAAGAAAGAAUGGAAUUUGCCCCAACUAUGGAUUGAUUUCUUUAAAUAUUACGCUGAAAAUAAUCGCGACGUCGUCGUUCAAAUAACGCAAAAAAAUCGAAUGUCAAAGGAUGCAACAAAGUGGAACAGAAAGAUCUUACACGUUGUAGAUCCAUUCCGAAGUGAUAACGUUUUGUCGGUUACCAAAUCGUCAGCGUUUCUUCCUUAUUUCUUCAACUGCAUUUUGACGGCAUUCCUUCACUUCGGUUUGCCUCGAACCAGGAGAGGACCAAUUGUGAGGGUCGAACUUUAUCAAAAGAAACAAAGCUCGCCGGCCAAAAAGGGGUCGAGGGCAACUGUGGCUGUCGCCAAGAAAGCAGUAAACGAGAAAAAAGAGGAAGAUGAGGAGAUUGAAAUGGACCAACAAAAGUUGGAUCUUUUUGGAUUAGCGGUGAACAACAGACUGAAAGUUGCUGAAAACUCGCAUCUUAAGCGAAUUAGGAGCUGUAAAUUGAUCAAACGAUGUAAAAAAGAAAUUGAAAGCGAAAAACAUGAAUUCAACGAGGAAUCCAGUUUGAUGUAUUGGAGUCGUCUGAGCCCUGUGAGAGAAUUGGUUCCAGAUUGUCUGCCAUCUAGUACGGCAACACCAAAAGAUGAUCUGACUCUUGAAUUACGUAAAAUGCAAAUUCGGGAUGAGGAGGAGGACGAGUUGGCAAUGCCAUCCUCAUCAAAAUCCGUAUCGAGAAUUUGUGAACAUAUCAGACCUCAGGCAGCAGUUGAUGAACCGACUGAUUUGAUAAAUUCGGUCACUAAUAUCGAUGAAAAAAUUUGCCAAGAAGAAUUCUACAUUCGACAAAGCAUAAAAAAAGAAAAAAUUAUAAGGAAAGCUGAAUUGCUGACCGAAAGUGAUUAUUGCUUUAAAUUUGACUCGGAUGCCUUCACCUUGGGAUAUGAAGUCCUAAUGAAAUGCUCAUCGUGCGAUGGAAGCCAUUGUGUUGACGACUGCCCAGCGCUGAAAAUGCCGCCUAUUGAAAAUUAUACGAAAAAACGAACACCGGAGGAGCUCAAAGAGUUCGACGACAUCAUUGAGAACUAUUAUAAGAAAAAUAUUAUUGAUAAAAAGAGGCUUAAUUUGCUUCAAAGCAAAGUUUCGGCUUUAAAAGAUUUUCUAAGCGAGAAGUUCAAAAGGAAUAUUUUUCUUACGAUUUUCGGUUCUGUAAUGACUGGAAUGGGCGUUAACAAUUCAGAUGUAGAUUUGUGUUUCCGAUUUGACGAUGAAUUAGAACCACCAAAGAACGAGGACGCAAUAUCUGUGAUAAAAAAUAUUCAAAUAUUUUUGAAACAAUGCAGUUAUGCACGAAACGUGCAGGCAAUUUUGACUGCCAAAGUUCCGAUUGUCAAAUUCGUCCUUCAAUUGAACGCCUCUAUUUUUGUCGAUGCUGAUAUCAGUUACUACAAUAUUCUAGCACUAUACAAUACGAGUCUAUUGAAGCAAUAUACGUUGUGGACCCCAGGGCAGAAAUUCGCGAAACUCGCGCUUUUCAUCAAACGAUGGGCUAAAAUGUGUGAUAUUGGAGAUGCGUCGAAAGGUUCGAUAUCUUCGUACGCUUAUAUUUUGCUUUUGAUUUCCUAUCUACAACAGUGCGAUCCGCCUGUUUUGCCGCGUCUUCAAGAAGAUUUUCGUGACGAGACGACUCCGAAGAGAAUUGUUGAGAGUUGGGACACAUACUUCUACGAAUCGGACGAGCAGACUGUCAAAUCUUGGGCUAAGAAUAAACAGUCGGUAUCUGAACUUCUCAUUGGAUUCUUCGAUUAUUACUCAAAGUUUGAUUAUCGAAAUUUGGUAAUACAAUGUCGACGAGAAAUGAAUUUGUCGAAACUGGAAAAAGAUUGGAACAACAAAUCAUUAUGUAUUGAGGAUCCGUUUGAUUUGCACCACAAUCUUGGAUCUGGUGUUACCAAAAAAAUGUUCGCUUUCAUUCACAAGACAUUCAUUUGCUCACGACAAGUGUUCAUGACAUCUCAAAUUCGAGAUCAAAUCCCAAAAGACCAACAAUUUCUGGAAAAUUACACGACAUGCUUGUUGAAACAUUGCUGUCAAGGAAGCGCGCCGACGGAUCGCCAAUGUCACAGAUGCGGCAAAAUAGGACAUUACGCUGAGAGUUGUUCAAAAAGGUGGAAUGAUUAA